CUCUUCUCCUGUCCUGCUCCUGCCUCUGCCUGAACUUCCAGCUCCAGACGAGCAGAGCCGCCCACGAGUCCUCCGCCCCCGCACAUCUCGUCAAGACUCGAGGAGCCAGCCCGGCCACGACCGCCUCGGCCUCGCCCCGCACCGCGAUCCCCAACUCCCGCGCGCCCCGCGCGGCAUGCCGGCCGACCCAACCUCCGGAUAAACCCCCCGCCCUGCCGCUCAUUUUAUGGCGCUCGCGCGCGGGCGCUUGCGCGCGCGCACUGCCCACGCCGUCGCCAGCGCCUGCUUCCUCGUGCUCCUCCUGCUCCUUCUGACCUCCUCCUCACUCUUCGCGCCCAUCGGCCGCAGCCGCGCGGCGGAGCCCGACGAGGGCGGGACAACAGUUCUCGGCGCCGCUCCGUCGUCGUCGUCGUCGUCUUUCUCCUCCUCCUCCUUGUUCGGGAAGGGGCGGGGGAGCAGCUGCGAGGAGCUGCAGUCCAUCAGCGGCGGGGAGGGCCGGUGCGCGUACCUCCGCGCCCACUCGCCCUGCUCCCCGGCCGGGUACGUCGACUACCUCCGCCUCUUCUACUGCGGCUUCGCCGGCGCGCCGGCGGCGGCGGCGUGCGCCGCGCUCGCGCUGUGGCUGGUGGUGCUCUUCUACCUCCUCGGCGACACCGCGUCCGAGUACUUCUGCGCGUCGCUGGAGGGCCUCUCGGCGGCGCUGCGCCUGCCCCCCGCCGUCGCGGGCGUCACGCUGCUGUCGCUGGGGAACGGCGCGCCCGACGUGUUCGCCAGCGUCGUGUCCUUCGCGUCGGGCGACGGCGGCGGGGCCGGGGUCGGGGUCGGGCUCAGCAGCGCGCUCGGCGGAGCGCUGUUCGUGUCCACCGUCGUCGCGGGCGCCGUCGCGCUCGCCGCCGUGGGCGCGCGCGGCGGGGUCGUCGUCGAGUGGCGCGGCUUCGUGCGCGACAUCUGCUUCCUCCUCCUCGCGCUCUGCUACCUGCUGGCGGUUCUCGUCAGCGGGGAGACCACCGUCUGGGUGGCCGCGUCGUUCGUCUCGCUCUACGCCGGAUACGUCGUCCUCGUCUGGACCUCCCACUGCUGCGCCGAGAAGGGCAAGCCGGCCGCCGCCGCCGGCCUCUCCGCGCCGCUCCUCCACGACGACGACGACGACGGCGGCGGCCCGUCGCUGCCGUCCCACUCCUCCAAGACGGAGGGCACGUCCAGGGCUAGAGCGAUGCUGCAUUGCGUCGCGGGCGCGCUCUGCAUGCCGCUGUACCUGCCGCGCCGCCUCACCAUCCCGGACAUCGCCGGGCACCGCUGGUCCCGGCCCUACGCCGUGGCCUCCGCGGCGCUGGCGCCGGUCCUGCUCGCCUUCACGUGGACCUCGCAGCGCCACAAUCCCUUGUCGUCGCACAGCCUCGCGGUGCUCGCGGGCGGCGCGCUCCUGGGCCUCCUUCUCGCGGCGCUGGCCGCGGCCACCACGGACGCCAGGUCCCCUCCGCGCGGGCGGAGGCGGCGCGUGCCGUGGCUCGCCGCGGGGUUCGUGAUGAGCGUGCUGUGGGCGUACACCCUGGCGCGCGAGCUGGUGGCGCUCCUGGUGGCCAUCGGGUACGUGGUCGGGAUCAAGCCGAGCGUGCUGGGCGUGACGGUGCUGGCGUGGGGCGACUCCCUGGGCGACCUGGUGUCGAACGUGGCGAUGGCGGUGCACGGCGGGCCCGGCGGCGCGCAGACCGCCGUGUCCGGGUGCUACGCGGGCCCGCUGUUCAACACGGUGGUGGGUCUGGGCCUGUCGCUGGCGCUGGCGGCGGGCGCGCAGCACCCGGCCCCGUUCGCGGUGCCCGCGGACGCGGCGGCGUACGAGGCGGUCGGGUUCCUGGGCGCCGCGCUGGCGUGGGCGCUGUUCGUGGUGCCCGUCCGCGGGAUGCGGAUCGACCGCGUCUACGGGGUGGGGCUCAUCGCCAUCUACCUCUGCUUCUUCGCCGUGCGCGUCCUCGAGACGCUCGGGCUCUGGAGCUAGGAGCCCUCCGCCCGUGGCUGACACACUUCCUUCCCCCUGCCCGCGUUCGUUUCUUGCUACUGAAUGAUGGUAGAUCUAGAUUGACGGUAAAUGACAGUACGAGAAGGAUGAAAGGUAGAGAUAAUCUUGUAUAUUACUGUAGUAGUACAUAUGGCUAUCCUAUUGAAGAGGUAGCACUACUCCCUCAGGUAGGGGUUGAUUAGUGUCCUGACAGAAUUUGUGUUUUUUUUUCGUCCUCUUGUGUUUUAGAGGAGGUUCUCCUGUCCUAACAAUUGUAGGUUGCUGUCCAUAAGCCCUAGUGUAAGCAGCAUGUUGGUU